CUUUUUGCAACCCUUCAACAGGAUCUGGUGAGAAGUUAAAAUGUACUCGGCGCAUGCGUGCCAAAAUUCACGGAUGUCCACAUUUGAGUAGUACAUAGACUGCUUCUCCACCCAAUAGGUGUGUCUAUAUUUUUAAAGCGAAUGUGAGACAAAACUUUUAAAAGUCGUAUCGUAUUAAAUAAAUUACUCGCUUAAUUAAGUAUUAAAUUUUGUAAAUAAUUAGAACGGUGUAAACAUACUUUUAGUGUUUUUAGUGAAUGGUUUUUCAAUGGUUUCGAAUUAAGUUAAAGUGUUCAAAAGUUUAUUAGUAAAAUGUAAAUAAAAUGUGUUUUAUAAGCGUGUUAAAUGUAUAAUGUGGGUUAAUGUAGUGAAUGUUACCAUAGAAAACCCAUUGACGUCCUACUAAUGGGAACUGGCAUCUGUUCUUAGACAAGAUUCUGUUUUUAGUUCUUUGAAUACAAUCACCAUAACUAUGGAGGACUCAAACCUGACAAACAUAUUCAACAUAUCAUCGCUGCGUAUCCGCGAAGUGAGCACGACUACGGCGGCGGUGAUCGUCCGCAACGCAACAGCGAACAAUGCGUACGAGUGGCGGUUCAUUCUGCCACCAUACUUCCUGAUAUUCAUGCUGUCCAUAUCGGGAAAUUGCAUGGUGAUCGCCACACUGACAAGUAACAGACGAAUGAGGACCGUCACCAAUGUGUAUUUACUUAAUUUAGCAAUAUCAGAUUUUCUUCUCGGAGUUUUCUGCCUUCCAUUCACAUUGGUCGGACAAAUAUACAGAAGAUUCCUGUUUGGUGCUUUGAUGUGCAAGUUAAUACCAUUUUUACAAGCCGUAUCUGUGUCGGUGGAUGUAUGGACUCUGGUGGCGAUAUCUCUGGAAAGGUACUUCGCAAUCUGUCGUCCGCUCAAGUCAAGGAAGUGGCAAACACAAUGUCACGCAUACAAGAUGAUAACAACUGUGUGGAUGUUGUCAAUAACACUAAACUCACCGAUACUGAUAGUUUCGACACUGCAACCAAUGAGGGGCAAUGCGUACAAAUGUCGAGAAGUAUGGUCAAGCUUAGAACUGGAGAGAACCUUCAACAUCGGCUUGGACGCUGCGCUUCUGCUGAUACCCUUCUUCAUCAUGUCCUUUGCAUAUUCCCUCAUAGUUACCAAGCUCUGGAGAGGGAUGCAGCAUGAAAUAGAACAUAAUUUUAACUGGCAAAGGAACAUAUCAAGACAUAGCAGCCAUAAGAAGAAGGAUGGGAACAAUCAUUUAAUAUCAACUACGCCCAUGGUACAAAACAACUCCUCCGAUGUUUGCUGUAAGAACUGGAAUACAAAAAAGGAAAAUGAAGUAGCCACAGAGGAAUCGAAGUCUUCUCAAUCGUAUUGUAUGCACACGGCGGAUAUGGAGUUUCGACACGUUGUUAGAUCAACACAUAUCGAUAAGAGCAUCGAAGCUAAGAGAAAGGUCAUACGAAUGCUGUUUGUGAUUAUAGCAGAGUUUUUUGUUUGUUGGACACCACUUCAUGUCAUAAAUACUAUAUAUCUAUUUUAUCCAGACGAGCUGUAUAAAUACAUUGGCUCCAAGGGGGUGGUGUGCCUACAACUACUGGCCUACUGUGCAUCGUGUUGCAACCCAAUUACAUACUGCUUCAUGAACCGAAAGUUUCGACAGGCCUUCAUAACCUUGAUCAAGAAUUGUAGAUUAUUUAGGAGGUGUUUUAAUGAGAAAUCCAACGAUAAGCCAGCCACCCCACCACCUUCCAGUCAAGAAGUUACCGCUAUCGUGAGGGGAAGUCAGACUGGUCGCACUGAGCUAGAUGGUCUGGAGGGAGAGGAUUGUGUUUAGCAGCGGCUCUCAAAGCACCGCUGUCGGAAGCGGCGUUCACCCGGCGUUGCCGGCACCUGUCGUUGCACGGCCUGUCACGCAGGUCAUCGAAACAGGAGAAGAAGGAAGCCAGUUCCUAUACCGGAUAACGUGGGCGCGAACCGGAUCGAAAGGUUUAACACCGACACAGCCACUGUAUGAGUGAAAUAAAUAUAUUGACAGUAACAUGUACAUAAUGAUGGAUGAGUGAAAUAUAUACAUAUAUAUAUAUAUAUA